AUGCUUAGUGAUGAAUUAGAUUCAAUUGUUCUUGAACAUGAUACUCUACAACAAAUGAUUGCUGAUCACAGCAAUCAAGACAAGAAUCAUCAUUUUCUUCUUACGCAAAUCAACAAAUGGGAACAAGAUUCAAUUAUAAAAAUACAACAAACAGCAGAAGAAACACGACAACAGGUAGAAAAAUUGAUUGAUUCACAUACAGGAAAGAUAUCGAAAGAGUUAUAUGAUCUUUCUGAACGAUUACGAAAAGCUCGAAUUGAUAAUGAUUAUGUUGAAAAUGAUCUUUGUGCAUGGACAACUAUGUUAGAAAAACUAAAACUUGAUCUUACUACUAUUGCUCCUUUGAUUGAUAUUUAUGAAGAUCGAACAAAAAUUCUUGUCACUAAACUACGUAUCUCUGAAACAAAGUCACAUAUAAAACAGAAUGAAAAAUUUGGAGAAUCAAUUGGUAAUGUUCGUAUUGAAGAGAAUGGUUGUGUGGUUAUACAUGUUGGUCCAAGGAGAAGUGAUGCAUUUGUACGUGGAAUAUGUGAAUAUUCAUUGGGUAAACAUAAAAUUCGAUUAUUUGUCAAGAAAGAAACAACAGCAUACUAUUGCUUCUUUGGUAUAAUAUCGAAAACAAAAUCAAUGCCAUACAAGGAAACUGACAUGAAAACAUCAACAUAUGGUUGGCGUAGUGAUGACAAAACAAUCCCUCUUCACGCUGAUUCACGAACUAGUAAAGAUUGUCUGGAUAUGAAAUGUCAAACUAUGUUUGGAAUUGAACUUUUACUUGAUUGCGACAAUGAAAAAAUCAUUUAUGUCAAUCAACAAACCAAAAAUAUGCGAGAAAUAAAAGUUGAUCUCGAAAUAUGUCCAUUUCCUUGGCAAUUGUUAUUUUAUCUACAUGCUGUCGAAGAUUGUAUCCAGCUGAUAUCUACAAGUCAACAAGUAUAA